AGCUACGCCCGGACUGCGAGGGGUUAACGUGGGAGACUUUCGUCAUCGUCGUUCUCCGUUGUUCCUUCUCUGUCUUCAGCCUUUUUGCGGUGGCCUCUAUCGUUGUCCGUAGUCGGGGGUUGCUUAAUUGCUCCGUCGUGGUUUUCUGAACGUCCUAGCCUAGGCAAGGAGUGGUGGAUGCUGCAUCAAGUGAGCGACUAAUGAGGACUUCAUUUCUUGUAAAGUGGUCUUAUGCUUUGCUUACUUCCAAACAAUGAAGGGCUGGGUCAUCAACAAUAGGGGAUAAAGGGUAUUUUCAUGAUUGGUGACCUGCAAUUUUGGAGUUAGCCUGUGAAGAAAAUCAAUGAUACUUCAAGGAUGCCAUGUGAGGAAAACAAUAAGAAAACAAAAGGAAGGGCAUGAGAGUUUAGACUAUGAUCUGAAAUGAAGGGACGAGGUCAAAAUUUCACAUCAUUCACAAAUUUAUUUGCAUUGCUCAGCAUAACUUCCAAUAAUGCCUGUAUACAGUCAUACUUUUCUUUUGCUCAUUAAGUCACACAAGUUCUCUACCUCAACACAUGGUGGAAAACUGACCAAGAGAGCGUGCAUUGGCCUUCUCAAAGCUUGCAAAUCAAUGUUCCACCUCAAGCAAAUCCAGGCUCAGAUGUUUCUUGCGGGUCUACAUGAAGACUUGGACACCCUCGGCAAACUUAUGGUCAUCUGUACUGACUCAUCUGUUGGGGACUUACACUAUGCAUGUAGAACCUUUAACUACCUUCACAAGCCAUCCUUGUUUAUAUACAAUCUUAUGACCAAAGCCUUUGUGGAAAAGAGUAGUUUCAGAGAAGCCAUUUCCUUAUUUAGUCAACUGAGAAAAGAUGGUUUAUGGCCAGAUAAUUAUACAUAUCCAUUUGUCCUCAAGGCUAUUGGUUGUAUUGGACAGUUUAAUGAAGCUGUGAAGGUUCAUGGCUUCAUAGUGAAGACCGGGCUUGAGCUUGAUACUUAUGUUUGUAACUCACUAAUGAGAAUGUAUGCAGAAUUGGGUAAAGUAGAUAGUUUUGAAAAGUUAUUUGAAAAUAUGUUAGAGAAAGAUAAGGUUUCUUGGAAUAUCAUGAUUACAAGUUAUGUAAAGUGUAGGAGAUUCAAAGAUGCCAUUACUAUUUUUCAGCGGAUGCUAGAAGAAAGCAAUGAGAAGCCUGAUGAAGCUACGGUGGUAAGCACUCUAUCAGCCUGUACAGCAUUAAAAGAUUUGGACCUUGGUAAGGAAAUUCACAGUUAUGUCUUGAGUGAAUUCCUUUUAACAACUAUAGUGGGCAAUGCAUUAGUGGACAUGUACUGCAAGUGUGGCUGCGUAAGUAUAGCUCAGGAAAUUUUUGAUGAGGUGCCUAUGAAAAAUGUGAUUUGUUGGACAAGUAUGAUAAAUGGGUAUGUGACUUGUGGUCAGCUGGAUGAAGCUCGAGAUUUGUUUGAGAAAAGUCCAACGAGGGAUAUUGUUCUUUGGACAACUAUGAUUAAUGGCUAUGUGCAAUUCAAUCGCUUUGAUGAGGCAGUUGCAUUAUUUCAAGAGAUGCAAAUGAGAAGAAUCAAACCAGAUAAAUUUAUUGUUGUUACUCUCCUUACAGGUUGUGCUCAGUUGGGAGCCCUGGAGCAAGGGAAAUGGAUUCAUGGUUACAUAGACGGGAACAAAGUGACAUUGGAUGCCGUGGUUGGUACUGCCCUCAUUGAAAUGUAUGCAAAAUGUGGUUGCAUAGAGAAAUCUUUGGAGAUUUUCUAUAGGUUAAGGGAAAGAGAUACAGCCACAUGGACUUCUAUUGUCUGUGGUCUUGCAUUGAAUGGUAAGACAAGCAAAGCCCUUGAGCUCUUUCAAGAAAUGAAAAAAUUUGGGGCUAGGCCUGAUGACAUCACCUUUAUUGGUGUUCUAAGUGCUUGCAGUCAUGGGGGAUUGGUAGAAGAAGGGCGUAAGAUCUUUUAUUCCAUGAAGAGAACAUAUCAAAUUGAGCCCAAGGUGCAACACUAUGGGUGUUUCAUUGAUCUUCUUGGUCGAGCUGGACUGCUACAUGAAGCAGAAGAGCUAAUUAAGAAGUUGCCAGAUCAAAAAAAUGAGAUGAUAAUUCCACUUUAUGGAUCUCUGCUGAGUGCCUGCAGAUUUUAUGGCAAUAUUGAAAUGGGCGAAAGGAUUGCUCAACGACUGGGAAAUAUUGAAUAUAGUGAUUCCAGUUUGCAUACGCUUUUGGCUAACAUUUAUGCUUCUGCUGACAGAUGGGAAGAUGUGAGCAAGGUCAGAAACAAGAUGAAAGACUUGGGAAUCAGGAAAUUUCCUGGAUGUAGUGCUAUUGAGGUGAAUGGCAUUCUCCAUGAGUUUCUUGUUGGCGACCCAUCUCACCCUGAAAUAGGUCACCCUGAAAUAAGAGACACAUAUUCCAUGCUGGAUGCAAUAACUAAACCCUUGUUUGGUUCAGAAGUAAAUGAGAUGGAAACAGAAAUUUUAUGUCUAAUGAAUUCUUAACUGCGAAAUUGUGGUUGAGGAAUAUCAGUUUCCUGUCGAACUAAGGAUCAGGUCUAAGAGAUUGAAAAUGUUUCUUGCCAUUUUUUAUGGUACAGCCAACCUGCCACAAGCAUGGAACCAAUUUAAAAAUCCUCUCUGGGAGGAUGCAUGAAGUGUUGAAGAAUGAAGUCUUGGAUAAAAGUUUAAAUGCUAUUUGUGGAUGAGUUUUGGACUGAAUAUUUUCUGUACUGAUUUGUUGUUAGAUUAAUCUUCAAAACUUAUUGAAAAGACUCGUCUUUCAAACAUUGAUAAGCAUAUUCUAAAUCUAGCAAUCCGUGCCAGUCAUGAUGGAGGAGAGCCCAAAUAUAAGCUUCAUCUCAAACUUUUUCCUUAGAAGAUCUUCCUGGCUCCCCUGUAGCAAGAUAAUUCUAUCAUCUAAGAGGCCUGCUUUAGGGAUCCUUGGAGCGUUAACCAGAUGCCUCAGAUUCCUUACUCAUACAUAAUGAGAGCCAGAUGUUCUCAAAACCUUCCUUCACGUGGAAUUAAACUUUGUCAACAAAAUAGCAAAAAAGAGGACCAUGAUCGUGGAAGUACACUGGAUUUGAGAGCCAUUUUCAUUCACAAGCAUGGAGCUAGACUGGAGAUUUACAAUUGAUAUGCAGUUACAUCAACGAUCACUAAAAUUUAACAGCAAAAGGAUCCUCAAUUUUGGGUGAGAUCUUGGCUUGCCAACACAUUCCAACUCUAUCAAAGCUAUGGUGGUCCAUAAAUUCAUAAUUGUGAUGGUUAUGUUUCAAAUGAUGUGGAGGCAUUAGUAGGUUUAGAUAUUAGUCCGCAAAUUCAAUAAAAUGUGGUGGCGUUUUCCUUUUUUUCUAAAAAAAUUAUUUAUGGAGACUAAUCGAAUUUUCAGGGGUUUCAUAUGUAUACUUUUUUUAAUGUAUUUGUGGGACAGGUUUUGAUCAAUAGAGAUGUGUAAAUAAUUCUCUCAUUUCAAUUUAUUUUGGUCAAGCAAUUUUUGCUAUCAAAUGUGAUAACCACAUUUUAUAUAUAUUAUACUUUGCGUC